GUGUUCGUUUCUGCUUUGUUUCUUAAGUCUUGUUUCUCACUUGCCGCUUCUGGGGCUUUCCUCGCCAAGCGGCAGUGCCCAGCAAGCUGCUCCGAAAGCCUUGGCAAAGGGGCUGCCGCGGGCGCCCACGCACCCGCACCCCCGCCCGCAGCCGUGCAACUGGCGGGGCCGGGCGGCUGUGGGGAUGUCCUUGGGGAAAGCCCCGGGCGACGAGGCUCCCGGGAGGAGUUUUACCGGAAAGUAUGAGGUGUGGUCCUGGGCAACAGCCACCAAGCAACUCGUGUGUCCUGUGUGGCAAAAAGUGAAAGCAAAGCUGCUGCAAAGCAUGUCUUUCCUCGUUGUUGUUUUUGGCUACUGCAGAAGGCUAUACUGCUUUUUAGCACAGCUAGUGAAACGGUGGAGCAACUACCUGCAGAGAAAACUCAGAAGGAAUCUCAGUGUGCUGACAGAAGUUGAUCUACUUGGUUAUAGUGCAAGAGAAUGGAAAGGAGAAACAAAGCAGGCCAAGCACAUGAGGGAGGCAUAUGAAGAAUUGUUUUGGAGCUGCCAUAUCAAAUACCUGCGGCAAGUCAGGAAGGACAACUACUGUGUGCUAAGAGCAGUCCUUUUCCAGGUAUUCAGUCAAGGCAUUCCUUUUCCAUCCUGGAUGAAGGAGAGAGAUAUAUUGAAGCUCCCUGAAAAGCUUUUGUAUUCUCAAGGAUGCAACUGGAUUCAGCAAUACAGUUUUGGGCCAGAGAGAUACACAGGUCCUAAUGCCUUUGGUAAACUGCGCAAGUGUAUGGAGGCACUGAAGGCAAAUUGGGCUGAAAUAAGUGCUACUAAAGACAGUGAAGAAAGAGGAAACCUGUGUAAUACCCUAUUUUCUGAUGAGAGCAAGGAGCACAAACUCUACGAGGCCGUAAAGUUCAUGAUGCUCUACGAAGUUGUGGAAGCCUACGAGCGGAUAAAAAACAGGGGAGAAUCUGUGCACAACCUUUUUAGAGUCCUCCUUGCUCGUGAGUCUUCAUCUGACCCUUUGAGCUUCAUGAUGAAUCAUCUGAACUCCAUAGGUGACUCUACUUGGCUAGACCAGGUUGAACUGUUUCUUCUUGGAUACUUACUUGAAGUAAAGAUAAGAGUUUACAGACUGCAUAGGUUUAAUACUGAGGAAUUUCAAGUGAACUAUCCAGAUGAAUACCGAAGGGAAUGGAAUGAGAUUUCUCUCCUGACUGAGGAUGACUGCUACUAUCACAUCCCCCUCUACAGAACAUGAAGGACCAGUGACUUUUUUUUCCCUUUGUGAACAUAUUUAUAUAUUGAGUGACCAGUUUCAGUGAAUUAGAUCUUUAAUUGUCAGCAGUAAGAUUGUUGAGAAUGCUUAUUAAUGAUUACAUAAUCAUUCAUGGUUUAUUGUGUAAAUGUUUAGUUUCCCAUUGCAGCUCAAUUCACCAUCAGUCAGACAUGAAAAACAUAGUAGUGUCUAGGGAAAAAGAAAUGUGUUUUUUUGGAGGGUUGUCAAACAAAAGAGAAUGAACUGCCUGACAAAGAAAGCCAAGGUAAUUCUGCUGAGGGAUUUAGUUUAGUCAAGGACUUUUCAGUAUGAAAUUAAUGAUUGGACUUGAUGAUAGAAUCAUAGAAUCAGUCAGGGUUGGAUCCAGCUUGAACCUCCCCACCUCCAGCUUUGCUCCAUUCCCCCCAGUCCUGUCACUCCCUCAGAGCCUAAAAAGUCCCUCCCCAGCUUUUUUGUAGCCCCCUUCAGAUCCUGGAAGGCCACAAGAAGGUCACCUGGGAGCCUCCUCUUCUCCAGACUGCACAGCCCCAACUCUUUCAGUCUGUCCUCACAGCAGAGUUGCUCCAGCCCUCUGAUCAACCCAGUGGCCCUUCACUGGACACACUCCAGCAUCUCCACAUCCUUCUUGUAAUGCCGGUCCAGAACUGGAUGCAGUACUCCAGCUGGGGUCUCAGCAGAGCAGAGUAGAGGGGCAGAAUCACCUCCCUCCACCUGCUGGCCACACUUCUCCUGAUGCAGCCCAGGCUCUGCUUGGCUUUCUGGGCUGCAAGUGCACACUGCUGGCUCAUGUUGAGCUUCUUGUCCACCAGCACCCCCAGGUCCCUCUCCUCAGGGCUGCUCUCCAGCCAUUCCCUGCCCAGCCUGGAGUUGUGCUUGGCAUUGCCUUUUUAGCCAGCUGCAGGACCUUGCACUUGGUCUUGUUGAACCUCCCGAGGUUGGCUUGUGCCCACCUCUGCAGCCUGUCCAGCUCCCUCUGGAUGCAUCCCUGCCCUCCAGCCUGGCUGCUGCACCACACAGCUUGGUGUGGGCAGCAAACUUGCUGAGGCUGCACUCAGUGCCUCUGUCCAUGGCACCCACAAAGAUGUUGAAUAAGACUGGUCCCAGGACUGAUCCCUGAGGGACUCCACUUGUCACUGGCCUCCACUUGGCCACGGAGCCAUUGACAGCCACUCUUUGGUGCAGCCAAAUUUUACUCAGUUGUGUUUUCUGAAGGAAUUAACUGUUUUGAUUAUUUUGGAAGAAUUACUAAAAUGGUAUGGGCAAAAUCUUUGUGAAGAUCUUUCUAAUCCCUUAGGCAUACAGGUGCACUGCAGAGAGUGGGUUUACUAAGAAACAAAGCUGCCCUUUUCCUUAUCAUAAGAGAUAUGAGGACAGGCAGGUUUGGUGUACACCAGGAGUAGAUACAAGCCAAUAACUGAUGUGAACAGGGCCUGCAGGAGCUGAAGUAGCUGCAUCAGGUAACUAAAUGUGGGAAAUGCACAGAGGGAGAGCAGUUCCUUUGCAUAAAGGAAAGCAGUUUUAUUCCUUACAGUCUUCUUCUAUUUGUAUUUAUCUGUGUAUAUAUAUUUAUAAACACAAACACCUGAGUUUGGUAUUGUAACACUUCUUCCAGAGUCAGUAAUUUGUAGCUUUUCAUUUAGAAGGCUUUAUACUUACAAUAAUUUCAUCUCCUCAAAACCUGCAUAUCAAACACCUUAUUUAUUAAAAUAAACUCUUUUUUGCCUUGAAUGAAAUAAUUUGUCUACUUUAGAUUUGGUUCUGCUUUGCAUGGGGAAAUGUUAUAAUGCCUGAUCAUGGGAUGCUGCUAUCAUUUUAGCAUCAACAGUAACAUUUAACAGCUAUCAAUAAACUUCACUACCUUUUACUGUUGUUUUGGUACAAGCAGGCACACCAAAAAAUGAUGCAUUUUUAUCUUGAGCUUUUAAUUGUUUGCAUAUUAUUUAUGAAGAGGAAUAAAACCGACAUUACAUCUGACUGUUGAAUUGUCCAAAUGUAUGCUUCUGUUACAUUGAGCAUAUGAAUAGCAGGGAGUUAAUAAAGAUCUAAACCAGACAGCA